AUGUCUAAAAGUAUUCCCAAUUCAGCUGAUUUAAUUGACGGCACUAUCUUAGAUUCAGACAGAGUCCAGUAUGAAAAACUCUACAAGGAAUAUAUAUCGAAGCAACCUUUCCAUUGGGAAUUCUCGGUUGUUCCAGGGAUUUUCAAGCAGUCGUUACCAGAGACCAACGAAGCUACUUUUGAUACUAUUAAAGACCAUUUUGGUGUAAUUCCAACGUGGGACGAAGUUGUUGAAAAAUUAAACAGUUUGAAUGCAAAUUCAAACCCAGAUGAAGUUCAGUAUAAAUUGUUCUUCUUAGCAAGACAUGGUCAAGGGUACCAUAAUUCCAAACAUGAUGAAGAUCCAUUAGCAUGGGAAACAAAAUGGAAGCAUUUAUUGACAGAUGGUGAAACUACUUGGGGUCCAGAUCCCGAACUAACAGAAUUAGGCGUGGAACAAGCUAAAGAAAACAACAAAGCUUGGAAACAAGAACUAGCUAAUAAUAAACACCAAAAUACAGAAUUGAUCAAACCAACAAAGUUUUUUCUGUCUCCAUUUAGCAGAUCAAUUGAUACAUUGAUAAACACAUGGAAAGAUAUCGUCGAUUUCAAAGAAAUUGAACCAUUGAUUCAAGAGAACUGGAGAGAAACUAUCGGAGUAAACACAUGUGAUAAAAGAUCUCCAAAAUCAGUAAUAGCCAAGAAGUAUGAAGAUCCUUUUGGGUUUAAAUUUGAACCCGGAUUUGCGGAAGAAGAUAUUUACUGGACACCAAGUUCUAGAGAAACAGUUGCAGAACAGGCACUUAGACAAUAUAAAGGUUUUGAACAGAUUUUUAAUGAGUUCCCCAAAGAUGAAAUUAUUAGUAUUACGAGUCAUUCUGGAAGUAUUCGUGCACAAUUAGUGGUUCUUGGUCAUAGACAAUUUCCUGUUGGUACUGGAGGGAUGAUACCUGUAUUUGUUAAAGGAGUUAAAGUUGAGUGA